CGCGGUACCAACAUGGCGGCAGGCAGGGUGGAAUCCGAAGGUAGAAAAAGCCGGGAAAGCGAGUCUCAUGUGGAGGAUGAAGAAGUAGAGGAAGAAGAAGAAGAGCCAGACUUUAGUGACCCAGAGAACUUUGUCGAUGAUAUUUCCGAUGAAGGUAACUAUACAUUAUUUAAUCAUGUUGACAGAUGUCGAAUGCGGCGUCAAGGAUAAUAAUGAUAAUCUGAUGUCAUGUCAUGUUAUUUGGCCCGGCUGUGCCUCGUUAGUUUUGUAGGUUGUCUUCUGGGUGAAAUUUUUUAGGGAAAACAAUCUUAAUUACGGCAUAAAUGUUAAAAAUGUUUAGGCAUAUCUCGAAAUCAAUUGAAAAAUAUAAAUAUAAAUUCAUUAAGCUACCUCAAAUUCUAUAAGAUGACAAAUGAAAAAGUUUCAGGUUUAGGCUGGGCAGGCUAGUUAGUCCAUAUUCCAAUAUUGCCAACCAUAUUGACCAUAUGUCACUUGAUGUCAAUGUUGAGUUUGGUACCUCGGAUUGGGGGGUGGGUGUUAAGGUCUAGAUUAUGUUAUAGUUAAUCCAUACAAUUUGCUGGUUUUUUAUUGAUAUCAUUUGUUUAAUUUUACUGUAGUGCCGGCCAUAAAUUUAAUAUAAUCACCGGAACACAAAAACUAAUACGUCACAGAUGAGGAAAGCAAUUAUUUAAUCAACAAAGGUGACAUAGUAUGCAAUUUUCCAAAGAUACUGUGUAGCUGUACGCCAUAUUGUAGAACAAGUUUUUUUUACAUUUUUGACAUGCACAGAUCGGUGGGUCCACUAGUUUUAAAGUACCUACAGUAAUAAUUAUUUAAAUGUAUUAGUCUUGUGCUAUAUAACUUUAUAGCCUCUACACGGAAGCAAGAAUAUUAACAGACUCCAAUGUAAGAAUAGUUGUUUAAAUAGCCCUUCCAACUGGAACAGCUGGAUUUUUUUUCUUGGCCGACGCUCAAGUGGUAGAUUACCGAUUUAGAUUAUCAUUAGUGACAUUAGGCAGGUCAUAUAACAUUAGAUAAAUACAAAUUAUUAAAUAUUUUGAUGUGAACAAUGGUUAUAAUUGAAUAUUUCACAAGUUUUGGCAUCUUCCAACAUUAAAAAAAGUCGAAAUGGGGCAGGGUGAACGGCUAAUCCUAGUUACGAUUGUCACGACUUAUUUUCCAGGGAGUGACUUCCCUUUGUUUAUUUUUUACUAAAUUAUUUUAGGGAUCGAUUUAGGGUUUCAGGUUAGGCAUGUGGAUCGAUUUAGGGUUUCAGGUUAGGCAUAGGGAUCGAUUUAGGGUUUUAGGUUAGGCAUAGGGAUAGAUGACUUCACGUGACAUAUUAACCAAGAUGGCGGCCAUUGAGAAAAUAGUGGCAAUCGUAGUCAAAAUUUACAGGGGGACCUUAUGGUAAUGCAGGUCACUUUGAUGAGCAUAACUAAUGACCAUGGCCGACAUGUAACAGCUCAAUGAGAAUCUGCACAAAUAUACCUCAUUACAUUUUACAGAGGAAUUAAUAUGAACAACUAAAAAUUUAAAUGUCAUGCGAAAUUUUGUAGGAAAAGAUACCUUAGCCUUUAAUAUACUCAUGAAUUUCAAAUAUUGAAGACAUGCGCAUGGUUAAAAGUGCUAUUUUAUUUGUUGAAAAGGAAGUCUGAACAUUUCAACAUUAUUUCACAUUCACAUAUAUAUAUCCCCUUUCAAUAAUACAACUAUAAACAGAACCAUUUCUGGGGAGGGGAGCCUCCACCCCCCUCAAGACAGAGCUAAAUUUCAAAACUAUUGAAAGACGGAACCAUGGCCAGUAGUUAUUGUAUUGAAAAAACUGCAAAUAAAGAAAGAAGCCAAAAUCAACCAUCUAGCGCUAUUAUUUUGUGAGCUAUGAAUCUUUAAAGUGCGAGUUCAUUUGAAUUUUAAAAAUAUUAUAUGGACCAUACGCCAGAAGUCUGACCUGAUUCCGCUUAUCGCAGCACAAGCAAUAACUCUAAAGAUAAUUAGGUACAGUUUUUAUUUUCAGGAUUAAAGCAAUUUUAAAACCGAUGUAAGCUAUGCACUUUGCAUAGUAUGAUUCAUUAUCAGUUAAUUAAAUAUGAUAUGGCUGUACUGAUUAGGAAGUCUAAGGCUUCCAUCUUCAAUUAUAAUUCCAGAGUAGGUGUUAUCUCAUUGCGCACUGCGGUGCUCUCAUUUGCUGCUUCCCACACCUUACUCGCCAAUUGCGCACAAAACAACACAUUUGUAACCCACCUUGCUCAUUGGCAAAUUGCAAGUAAUGCCGAAGUGAGGCAAUUGAUGGUCAAGACAACUAAGCAUUUGUGGUUAUUGUAGAUUAUGCACCUCUUACCAUAUAAUACAUGCACAAUGCUGUUGUAUUGUCAUUGGCCCAGCCAGCUUUAUUAGGCUAUAAAGAAAGUCUAUACUAAGGCAGUGUGUCCAUCUGAAAAAUAAUACUAAUAGGCACUACUUAUUUGGAACUUUCAACUUUUUCACAUGACUACUAAUCAAUUACAGCGGUUUCACCGACCAGUAGUUUUAAUAGUGUUUGCAUAUGGCCAUCUCUUUUAAAUGAAACUCUGAGAAUUUAUAUAUAGUAAAGUCAUAUGCAAGUGAUGUAAUUGUUGCCCAUGACUAAGGUUCUGCACAAAGUAAAUUAUAAUAAUAUAUAUUAUUUUUAAAAUUCAAGCAGUUACAGGUUUGAAUGCCUAUUUCUACAGUAUCACAGUGACAAUUGUAAUUACGAUUAAUAUAAAUUUUAUUUCAGACCUUUUGGGUGAUAUAUUACGUAAGCGACCAAAGCCAUCUGACAGUGUUGACUCAGUAAUUAUUGUCGACUGUAUUCCUAAAGUUGGGAAAGAGAGAUUGGACAAGUUAAAAAAUGUUAUAAAAAAAUUAUUUUCCAAGUUUGGUGCUGUGGUAAAUGCGUUUUAUCCACUUGACGAUGAAGGAAACACAAAGGGGUAAGAAUUAUUUAACAUUUCAAAUUUUGUUUAAAUCCUUUAAAACCAAUAUAAGCCUUAAAGUAAGCAAUAUAUAUUUUUUGUUGUUUAUUAUGCAUAUAAUUAUCAAAAUAAUUCUAUAUUUUAGGUAUAUGUUUUUGGAAUUUUCUUCUCCACAAAAUGCUCAUGAAGCUGUCAAGUUGACCAAUGGCUACAAGCUUGACAAACAGCAUUCUUUCAAAGUUAACCAUUUUUCAGAUUUUGAAAAGUAAGUGUUUUUUUUCCCCGCUUACAACUAGCAUGCAUGACAGCAAGUAAAAUGAGGAAAUUAUGAAAACAUCCUUGCUAAUUGUACCAGCUUACAACUUUAAAAUAAUUUUCCCAAUAAUAUUUAAGUAUUUAAUUUGUAUAAAAAUAAAUUUCAGGUAUGUUAAUAUACCAGAUGAAUGGACGCCACCAGAUCCAAAGGCGUAUCAAGACUUGGUAAGAAGUGUUAAAUUGUUAAUUUGUGCUAUAAGUGCGAUGGUUAUUUAAAAUUGUUUAUGAUGAUAACUAGACACCUCUUAUCUGAUGUGACCAUGAGAGAUGCAAUGUAUCUGACACAAUUUAAUUUUAAAAACUUUAAUACAAAUGUGGCACAAGAUAUUUUUUUUUUCAGUCUGUUAAUUGCAGAAUUUUAAAAUUAAAAAACAAAAAAGCUUAAACUCAAGUUUCAGUAUUAUUUUCAAUGCAUUUUUACCUAAGAUGACUAGCUCUCAGUUAUGCUUGGGUUAAUAUACUUUGAUUAUGCAGUCAUUCAAUAUAAUCAAUCCAUUAUUAGUGCGCCACAGGCUGUUGUUGAAAAUUGGUUCUUAAGAUUCAUGAUUUUCACAUAUUUGUGAAUGACAAGGGACUAAUCAUUCUCCACAAAGUCAAAAUAAGUUGUAUUUUUUCAUGUUGCAUACUUCAUACUUGUUUGUUGAAACACAGAAUUUAUAUUUUGUCUAAAAGGAAAUACAUUUUAUUGUUAAAGAAAAAUACAGCUACGAAAUUUAUAUUUUUGUUAAUUUGAAAAAUUAAAGAAUUAAAAUUAUUCCACAUUGUAUAACAUUUGUGUUACAUUUUCUUUUCUAAAAUACUCUAUUUUAGGGAAAUCUGCGUAGCUGGUUACAAAAUAAAGAAUGCUUUGAUCAGUUUAGCGUCAUAUAUGGUGAAGGAGAGAAGACAGCUAUUUUUCUCAAUAGUCCAGAACCAUCGAAAACUGAAGAGAGGGCUGUAAGUUUUUUCUCUUUGUUACUCUACAAUUGGUACAAAGUCUUGCAAAUUAAGUUACAUUUCUAUAUCAUUAGAAGUAACUGAUAUUCUUUGUUGAAAUAAUUUUAAAAAAUGUACAUGCUUUAAUCUUAUAUCUACUAGCGUUGGACGGAGACAUAUGUUAGGUGGUCACCUCAAGGUACCUAUCUUGCAACAUUUCAUGUCAAGGGCAUUGCACUUUGGGGUGGUCCAAAGUUUUCUCAGAUAAUGAGAUUUAGUCAUCCAGGAGUGCAACUCAUUGACUUCUCACCAUGUGAAAAGUAAGUCUUUUUUUAAACAAAGUUUUUCAAAGGGAAAUUGAUGAUUCAAGUUUAUAGUCAAUGAAUAAAGUGAUAUUAUUUGAAAAGAUCAUGGUGUCAGCUUUUAUUGUUGUUUUAACUUGAACUACACAUUGUUUUAAUUUGCUUUAUUCUGUUUUGUAACACCAUUUCAGGUACUUAGUUACUUUUAGCCCACUUCAAGAUAGCCAUGAAGAUCCACAGGCAAUCAUUAUUUGGGAUAUACGUUCAGGUGUAAAGAAGAGAGGCUUUCAUUGUGAAAGUAGAAGUACUUGGCCUAUAUUUAAGUAAGAAAUUUGUUUGUGUUUUGCUUUCUUUUACCAUUAACAUUAUUGAAUGAUGAUAACUAGACACCUCUUAACUGAAUAAAGAGUGAGAGAUUCUUUAUAUCUGACAUGGUACAAAGUAAUAUCUUUUUAUAAUGCAUUUUAAGAUUGAUAAUUUAACAUUAUUAUUUUUCUGCUAUAGGUGGAAUUUUAAUGGAAACUACUUUGCAAGAAUAGGUGAAGAGGCUAUUAGCAUAUAUGAGACACCUGUGAGUUCAUAAUUUGUCAUUCAUUGUUACACUCAUUGUUAACUUUUAAUUUUUAAAAUAUUUUAUGUCUAUAAGAAAAAUAAAUGAAAGAGGUUCAUUAAGGCAAGUGAUGUUCACAAACACCAUCUUUCGCAUGAUAUAAAAUUGAUUAUAAUCAUUAUUGUGCUGAUGCCAUCAAAACUUUACUAGUCUCUUGUUAAAUCUUUGGGAAAGCACAGCAGUGAUGAGUAUGUAACGAUAAUAAAUGAAAUGUUUAGUUUAAAAAAAUUUUGAAUCAGACUUAGCUGGUAGCUCUACUAUUUUGCAUCACUGAUGGAGAAAGGAAAAUGACGAGUCGUCUGGCUUUGUCAUAUGAGUAAUUUUAUAAAUCGAAGUGCUCUUUUUAAGUGGUAUUGUAUUGUACCAGCAAUUCUUUUCAUAUCCAUUUUUUUCCCCUCCAGUCUUUUGGUCUUCUUGACAAGAAAAGUUUAAAAAUACCAGCUGUCAGGUGCGUGCAGGUUUUAAAAUACUUGUAUUGUGAUAUCUUUAAGUUAAUCAUUUAUAUAAUUGUCCUAAGUUAACAUGGUAUGUUCAUUGCAACCAAUAAUUUAAUGUUAAUUGCUAACAUAAUAUUCAUUACUUUGUAGGGAUUUUUCCUGGUCCCCCACUGAUGACAUAAUUGCAUAUUGGGUCCCAGAGCAACCUAACACACCUGCACGUGUCACAUUGAUUGAGAUUCCAAGUAGAAAGGAACUGUGUGUUCGCAAUUUGUUUAAUGUUGCUGACUGCAAGAUGCACUGGCAGAAAAGUGGAGACUAUCUUUGUGUAAAAGUUGACCGUUACAAAACAAAAAAAACUGAUGACAAGGAUCAAAUUAAAUAUAGUGUAAGACCCUUUUUUUUUUAAAAUAUGGUAUGUACGUACAUCUUCUACAGGGGUGUCGGCAAAUCAUUAUUUUUAGAAAAGCAAUUACCAGUUUAUUGUACUGGCUGCAGUCAGAAAGUGUGUAUUUGUUUUAGUAACCUUUUUUUUUUUUUUUUUUUUUUUUUUUUUUUUUUGGUAGUGUUUGUGUUGUUACAUGUUAUUUUGGUUAAAGAGUAAAUGAUGUUACACAUCACCAUCUUUCGGCUGAAAAAUGUGAUGCCAUCUUACUGUGCUGAUACUCUAUUAAUGUAGCAUAGUUUAAUAGUUUAGAUCACUUAAUAAUCCUAAUAGCUACAUUGCACUGAUUUAUUAUUCUUUGUUGUUCCCUAUAACCAUGCCAGAGCCAUGAUUAUUGUUUGUUUAUUAACAUUUUAAAAAAACUAUGAAAAAGUUUUACUAUCAUUACUUUACAAUUUGAAAUAAUAAAAACCUUAUAUUUAACAUCGAUGGACAUUUAUGAAAAUAAAUUUCCUUUUUUUUUCCCCAGGGUAUCUAUUACAACUUUGAGUUGUUUAGAAUAAGAGAGAAGCAAAUACCUGUUGACAAAGUUGAGGAAAAGGGUAGGUGUUGUGUACUUAAUCAUAAUUAAGGAUAUAAUUUAUAUUUUCAAUGUGAUGAUAAAAAGACACCUCUUAUCUGAUGAUACACAUGAGAGAUCUUACAAAUCUGAUGGUUUUUGUCAGCUUGGUGAUAUAUUUUAUUUUAAAUUACUCUUUUUGAUAGCCCAAAAUUUAUUUUUUCUUUAUAUGAUUUUAAACAAUAAUGUGAGAAGCAGAGUUUUCUUUAACUAAAAAUUAUGUUUCUAGAGGCUGUUUUGGCAUUUGCUUGGGAACCGAUUGGUAACAAAUUUGCUUACAUCCAUGGAGAAGCACCCAGGAUAAAUGUUACAUUUUACAACAUACAACCAAAAGGAAAAGUGGAACUCAUAAGUAAGUUUCUUAUUUUUGUCGUUAAUUAGUUUUUCAAGUUUACUGUAAACAUUUUUUUAUGGUUUAUCUUUUAUAUUGGCAAAGUUUUAAAUAUUUAAUAGAUUGGGAUUAACCCUUUACAGUCCAAACCUAUUCAGCCUUGUCUACUCCCAGCGCCCAAGCAAAGGGACAUAACUCCAUUUUAAAUGAAGGUUCUUUAUCUAAUUAAUUUACAGAAAAUAAACUACAAGCAACAAACCCUUUACAGUCCAAACCUAUUCAGCCUUGUCUACUCCCAGCGCCCAAGCAAAGGGACAUAACUCCAUUUUAAAUGAAGGUUCUUUAUCUAAUUAAUUUACAGAAAAUAAACUACAAGCAACAAAAAUAAAAUAAAAAAUACCUAAAUACAAAGAAAUGAUUAAAUCAAAAGUUAAACCUAAAAAUAGUUUCAGAGACCCUCCCACUCAUGAAAUAGUGUAGCUUCAUUAGGCCUAAGUUCUUUCAAAAGUGUAUCCAAGGCUUAGAUAGCCAAUUUUUACAGCGAAAAAAUCGCGACUUUUAAAAAAAAUCACAGAAAAUCAGCCCCUAAGCACACCGCGGUCAAACCAGUAUCAAAAUAAAUGCCGACAACGAGGCUUUCUUCCGGUAGAACUAUAAAUAGUAAUGCGCAAUGGAUUUCCGCUGUGCUAAGAACGAAAGUAAACAACCUCGUAACAGGCGGGUUUGGCAGCAUCGGACUGUACGCUUAAGGAAAAAAUCGGCGCAUUUCGGGCGCAUCGGACUGUAAAGGGUUAAAAGUGAGUCAUUCUAUCUCUAUUUGGUUGAAUUUACAUAGUGAAGUUUUUUUUCUUUUACCAGAAACCCUUGAGAAAAGAUCUGCUAAUCACCUUUUCUGGAGCCCCAACGGUCAGUUUAUUGUUCUGGCUGGUCUCAGGAGGUGAGUAUUUAUUUGAGCCACUUUUGUUAAGUGCUCAAUGUUAUACCGGUACAGGAAGCUAUCUUAAUUAGAGAGUAGAUGAUGUUACACAUCACCAUCUUUCGGCUGAAAAAUGUGAUGCCAUCUUACUGUGCUGAUACUCUACAGCCUAAUAUAAUAGUGGCAAAAGUUUUUUACUAAAGAAUUCUAAUGGUUCCAUUGCACUCUUUAAUGUUCCCUGAAAACUUUCUUAGGGUGAAUCUGGUCAUUUUAGGAGUGACUCGGACCUGAUUACUCUUGCCAUUUUGGCGUGUAUGAUUUUGAGAUGUCUUUACGAUUGUUCGCCAAGACCUGGGAUUUUAAGAGACCUGAUUGAAAAUAUAAACAUUCCCGUAGUUUUUUUUCGCUGAAAAAGUCAUGAACAGUACAUUUUUAACAGUACAUUUUUGGUUGAUUGUUUUAACUUGCAUUGGCAUUAAAUGCCAAGCAGUGAAUGGGUUCUGAUAUAUGAUUGUUUGGGGACCAUCUGUUUGCCCUGAGAAGGGAAUGGAGUGGUGUUUAUUUUGAUUUUGUGUAUGGGUGGGGUCUAAUAUAUUUAAGUCGAAAAUCAAAACUGACACAUUUUUGUAAUGUUAGUGGUGAUGGACAUAUUUUCAUAUUGAACUCGCUAAGAACGACAACAGUGAUAUUAGCAUAGUUGCCCUGGUGAAAAUUUUUGUCGCUGCAAUCCAUAUAGUCCAUACACAUCAGGCUCCCUGCGUUAAAUUAAUGAAAUAGGGAAUACAAAAACAAAAUAAAAUAAAUGUUUGGAUAAAGAAAAAAUAUGUAAAUCACUCACUAUUUGGUUACUGUGGGGUAGGAAAUUUGACUUUUUGCCUACAUACUAUAUAGAUGACCUCUCCUGGCAUUUGUUUGCUUCGCGGCUGUAUGUUGUAAUUUGGUGACAUAUUUCCAAUGGGCUAAUCUGCAGCGAAUCCAGGAACAGUAAAAACUAGAGAAUGCAUUCUCAACUGUUCCAUGCAGCAAAAUUGGAUUUUGACAUGUUUUAUAGGAUCUUAGAGGGUCUUUGAAAUCUAUUUUUAGAAUUCACAAGACAACUGUACCACUCUUAAUACCCCCUCUUUUCACCGAUUUACAGCUUGAAAUAGUUAUCAGACUUAUACGAUAACAGGAAAUAGGCAAAAUGGAAGUUGAUUUUUUUAAACAGCUUUUCCUAAAAAAAUUAAUCUCAGAAAUAUAUGACAGGCAAUGAUAAUGUGAUCGACAUGUUCCCCUUAAUAUUAAUUUAUAUCUAUAGCAGACACAUCUGACAAAAAAAGUGACAGCUGAUAGCAAAAUAAAGAUUAGCCAUGUACUUUUAGAAGUUACCUCCUUUGUUACAUUGGCUUAACUUGAUCCCACGCGAUGCCAGCAGUUACAUACACUGUAUGUUCCUUUAUUAACUAUUGAGAUACUGUAUUGUACGAUUUUGAGAUGAUAAAUUUUAGGAGUUAGAGGGUAAACAGGUCAGGUGUCUUUUAAAAAAACAUACAAAAAAACUAAGAACAUCUAUAUGCAAUUUAAGAUUGCAAAAAAAAUGUUUAAUUAUUUCUAAAAAAAAUUUAAACAGUAUGAAUGGUGUUUUGGAGUUUGUUGACACUCAAGAUAUGACUGUGAUGACCCAGACAGAACACUUCAUGGCAACUGAUGUUGAGUGGGAUCCAACUGGCAGAUAUGUUGUUUCAGCGGUCAGCUGGUGGGGACAUAAGGUGAUUUUUAUUACCAUUACAGAUGUAAAAACAAAAUUUCUGCCAUUUUCAUUUUGGAACUGUUUAGUAAUUUAGACAUUGGGAAUUUUACAUCACUUUUUUCAAUUGGAACAAAAAUGGAAGUCUAUUAUUAUUUGCCUGCCAUCUCUGUAAACAAUUGACAUUUUCCCUUCAAGGUUGACAAUGGAUAUUGGUUAUGGAACUUCCAAGGAAUUCUUCAGCAUAAGCAACCGUUAGAAAAGUUUUGUCAAUUACAAUGGCGACCCAGACCUGCAUCAUUACUUAAUGAAAAUAGAAUCAAGGUAAUUCAGAUUAAUUUUCUUUAUUUUUUAUGUAUGUAUGAUGAAAAAAGACACCUCUUAUCUGAUAAAUCAAAUGAGAGAUCAUCUUUUAUUCUGACAACAGCUAAAGUAAAUAUAUAUAUGUUUUGAAAUAUUGUUAGUCUCAAAGCUUUGUGAUGUUACAGUAUUGCUGGUUAUGUACAUAAAUGCAGUAAACUAAUGUACAAUGUCAAAGUAGGUAUGUGAUAUGGGCAUUUUAAGUAUUUGUCUAAAAAUGUUAAUGUCUAUUUAGGAAAUAAAAAAGAAUUUCAAGACAUGGGCCCAGAAAUUUGAACAGGAAGACAGUAUGAGGAAAAUGACAGCAUCAAAGGUAAAUUGGCAAGACUUUUUUUUUUUUUUUUUUUUCAUCUGUUGAUCAAACAAGUGUUUUUAGUUUAAGGGGGCAGGCUACCAAAAAAAUUUUAUUAAUAAUUAACCAACUUAGAGCAAUUAUUUUAUUAUGGUCACGUUAAGCUAUGAAUGGAGAUAUAUUUUCAUGCUUUAAAAUAAAAAAAAAUUAUAUCGUUGCCAUGGCAACGGCGGCCAUCUUGAAAAUAAUACCCAUUCGUAGAGUUCUAAAAUUUUAAAAACAAACAUACAUAUUGCUUAAAAAUUGAUUGAUUCAUGAACUUCAAUUAUAUUUAGACGUACUGAGCUAGUUUAAUUUCCUUAAAACUUUUCAAAACAUUUUUUUUUUUAAUUUUUAAAAUUUGCCUCGGCAGAAAACGCUUAAAAUUUACCAUCCUAGGAUUUGAAAAAAAUUAUUUUAACAAAAGUAAUUGACCAAAUUGAUUUUUGAAUAGCUCAUUACCCACAAAAUAGUUAAAGGUAGAUACACACCAAAUUUUAUUACUCUAGCUUGUAUAUUAGCUGAGAUUUUAGAAUUCUACGUUACAAAACAACAGAAAAAAACAAUUUUGAGAAAAAUCAAUUUUAAACUUUAAAAGUGAAAAAUUUUAAGUUUAAUAUGAAAAUGAAGUUCUUUUACAUAGUUUUUUUUGUUCAGCAACAUGGACAUGGUGGUUUCUUAUAUUAUUGAACUGUUGAAUGCACCAGGAACAUGGGUUUUAACUUCUUGAACUUCAUCAGGUGCUCUCGUCAAAAUCACAAUUUUAAACAAAAAAUUUUUUUCCUCUGGAAUAAAGCUAAUUUGUGUUGUAUUAGAAUUUUUUGUUCAGCAUUAUAAUAUAACACAAGUUAUCCAAAGUCCCCAAUCAACCCUUUUGUCCAUGAUCCUUUUAACCAUGCUUAGAUGACAAGGUUAUGUUGCUGUCACCAUCACUGAAAUUAAAGCAUAGUUUCAUGGCAGCAAUGCUAUGUUGAAACUUUUGUACCUAUUCUGUGUACUUCUUUCAUCAAAGAUGUCCCUCAUACCAGAGGUGAAUGAGUUAUUUGUCUAUUAGAAAUGUAAUAAUUGGGAAGAUACUUGCUCAUAAAUGUUUCAUGUCUUCGGCAUAGCGCAGUUUUUAUACUUUGCGCAGGUUAUAAAUUUUGCGGUGCAGCUGGAUUGUUUAUCGCAGAUAUCAUAGAUUGCAACUUUUCAUAGUCCAUGCCAUUGUCCUUCAGGCCUUAGAGUCUAUAAUUGAUAAUGACUUGGUUAUCCAGUUGUUGAUAUGAACAAUCUAACCACUCACAAUCUAGUCAUUGUUAUGUUCAUAGUAUUUACUAUUUUGUUUUGCAAUCAGCUGUAAGUUAUGGCUUCUGCAAUUCGUCCAUUCCACUGCAGACAGAAGAAAAUUGGUAAAAGCUUUGAAUUAUGAUCAUUUCGAAAUCAAUGUUUAGCAGUCCCUCUGUAGAAUUCUUGUCACUGAAGAAUUAACUUUUGCUCGGCUCGGUAGAACUAAUUGGGGGCUGGAAUGGAAUUAAAAAAUUAUAUAAACAUUAUUUAGCAAAUAAUAUAUUGAAAAUGAUCUCAAUAAGCCUAUUAGUAUUAUUUAGAUGUUUAGGAUUGCUAAACUAAAUACUUAUUUUAUUAUAAUUACUAUUAUUAGUCAAUUGAACUGAUCUUAUAAAUAAGGAAUAAUAUAAAACUAAUUAGCUAUUACUAUUAAUAAUUGUAUGCAGAUAAAAAAAAUGAAUAAGGCUAAGAUUAAACUAUUUCAGUUAAAAUAUUCUAAUACGAAUUAUUUUGCCCAUACUCCUAAUGCUAAUACCAUAAUUAUAAUGCGCUGUUGUUACUGAAUGUUAGUCCUAGCCUUAGCCUAUAUAACUAUAUACUAUUAUUUUGAACGAAGUGUCUACACGUCCGGCGCGCCGGACAUGUAGUGCGCAAGAUAUACGUCCGGCGGCUUGUCACGUGACCGCCGGACAUGGCCGGACGACUAGUAGUUUUUAUAAUUCCAAACGAAGUACGGUUUAGUACAUCUUGUGUGGUCUUGUGGUAGAGUGGUUGCUUGACGAUAGGAAGGUUUGAGGAUCUAUACCGGGAAUAGGGUCGUUUUUUUUCUACCCAUUUUAAUUAAAAAUAUUUUGUAUAUAUUUAUCUUAACAUGUUCCUCAGCAACAGUAGUUUCAUGAGAAGUUUUUACAUAUUUUGUAGCAAUUGAAAUAAUUUAAAAUGAAAUCUUUUACUUUAACUUUUAUUGGUUGCCUUAGCCUACUCCACACUGGCCCCUAAUUUAUUUUAUGGAUUACUGAAAUUACUGGUACACAAACUCAAAUAACAAACUAAACAAAAAUGUUUACAAGCCACUUUCACUGAAGUUUUUUUUUUUAUUAUUUGCAUUCAAGAUACUCAGUACAUUACUUGGUAGAGAAAUAGAUUUUAAAAUUAACAAUAGUUUUGAAUUAUUCGCAGUCACGUGACAAGGCUGACCGACAAGAUAUCUCUCGCCACUUUGUUACGGCGGUCAUGUGACUUGGUCGCCGGACACAUAGUGCGGGAGAUAGACGUCCGGCGCGCCGGACGUGUAGACACUGCCUAUUUUGAACUACUCGAUUAUUUAUCAAUGUUGUUUUGUUAGACAACUAUAAAUAAAUAGACUUAGGAUUCAUAUAAUUUAAAAAUUCACUUGAUUGGUAAAUAUAAAGACUAAUAGUAGAAACUUAUGUAAUUCUCCGCAUAAGGCAUAAGCUAAACAUAAACUCACAAACAAUCCACACGCACGAUCAAUCAUCAAGGCAACACAGUGACAGUACUGACGUCCGAACUGAAUAAUUUCAACUAUCACCGAUUGCAUGUUGCUAAAUUAAGGUCAUUUUUUUAGUAUACUUACCUUGAAUUUCUGGCUUUUACCGAAUGGGUAAGGUUGUAAACGUGUAUUUUAAAAUCAAAAUAUGCUGAUGCUUUCGUUUGCAAAAUGUCGUUCUGUACACAGAACCAUGAUCCGGUAAACACGCAUAAACAACGCAUUUGCGCAUGCGCGAGUCAACGGUAUCUUGGUUACCCUCGGUUCGGACCAAUGAAAAUCGGUAAAAUAAUUAUAUAAAUAGAAGUGAAGAAAAUCCUACACACACUUCGCUUGUGGAUCCGAUUAUUUGUAGCAAUUAUAUUUACUGACUUCGAUUCUAAAAAUAAAAAAAACUGCUUGAAUUUACCUUUACGUUGAUAUAUAAUAAUAGCAUAUUAUGUUAUUUAAAACUAGUUUUUUGAGGUCUCAAACAUGGGAUAUGUAUGAAUUUUAUUUUAUUUCCAAAAUUAGGUCAAUUUUUAGAGUGGGGAGGGGUGUUAAAUAUCAGUUGUUUCACAACAAAUCUUUUAAAAAGUAGUAUCAAUUGAUAUGUAAUCGAUUCUAAGAAUGUUUAUCUUCGUAAAAAUGAAAAAAUAAAAAAAUGGACAAUUUUUGAAAAUUUUAGAUAUUUUCGGGCGCCUAACCCCUUAAAUUAUUUAGAAAAUAUUAAAUGUGAUCUGGAACAGUUUAACAAAAUUUUUAGUACCCGGUUUCUGAUGAUUAACUUUUACAUUAUUUUAAAGGAUAUGCUUGAGAAACGCAGGAAGUUGAUGGAUGAUUACAGAGAUUACAGAGCUCUAAAGGAACAGGAAUUUGCUAAAGUAAAAGAUCUGCGGCUUGAGCUGCGCUCAGGUUAGUUUCUUUUAAAAUAGAUAAGUUGUAAAAUGGAGAGCAGUGAUGUUUACAAUACCAUCUUUCGGCUGAUCUUCUGUUGAUGUAUAUUAUGUCUAGCUGAUGCUCUUCAUUAAAUUGUUAAAUUCAUUAAUUUAUAAUAGGACAUUUAUAACAUAUGCUAAACCAUAUUUAUGUGAAAUAGUUAUAUUGGCAAUAUAAGGCAGAAUUUCAAACUGUUGCUGUAUUCUGCCAACCUAUUUGUUUGACCAGGUCUGGUUACCUCACAAAAGUGCCAGUGACAAGGAAAUUAUAGAUAUUAAAAAUAUUUAAUUAUUAAAAAAAAAAUUGUAUUAUCAAGAACUAAAACAUUAAUAUUACGACAAACAAAAUCAGCUUAUUUCUUGACCAGAUUGCUAAUAAGGCAAAUGGAUAAAUAUCGAAUGUUGUAGUUGUACGAUAGUAAUGUUUACAUAUUGUUCUUUAUUAAUUUAAAAUCUUUUUUGAAUUAAAUUUACAUUGUCCGUUUUACUUUUAGAGAUUACUUGUCUUUCUUUACAGGUAUUGAUACUGAUGAGCUACAUAAUCAAGAAGACAACUUCACUGAGGAAACCAUUGAAUUUUUGGUUAAAGUUGAAGAGAAGAUUGUAGAAGAGUAAUCCUGACAGUUGCUAGCGUUACUGACUUUGCUGUGUACUACUUUAGUGCACUGAUUUAAUCUACACCUGACUGCCCGCCUAUUUCCAUUUGUAUUAGUGGGAAACAUAAAUUGGACUUGCCUGUGCCCUAAUUCUACAAGAAGGGUGCCCAAUUUAAUUUUAAUUACUCUUUCGCGUGAUCUUAUUACAAUCAAAUUUGGUUACUGCUACUACAUCUGGCUUGCUUUUAAUUUCUGAAAUACUUUUAAUUUGUAUUGUGUGUGAAUAGUGUUUCAAUUCAAUUGCCAAGAUUUGUGAAAGAAUUAUUUCUUGUUUGCCCUAUUAUAUAUUUAUAAUUAUAUAUAUCUCAUGAGACUCAUGGUUAAAACAGCUCUGAAUAUGACUUAUGUAUGUAUUCAUACAGAUUUGUUUGAUAAAUGUGACAAACUUCCAUCUUACAUUACACUAAAUCUAAUAAUGCUAGUAGGCUAUUUUUCAGGUCUCUUUCCGGUUCCAUAUAGGUUAUGUGAAUAUUUAAAUUUAAAGGUUUUGGCUUAUUAUUUAUGCUCUUAUUUUGGAAUGAUUAUCAAUAAUAAAAAAUCUUCAAAAUUAU